AUGUCAGAAGGCAAGAAAGGCACCAGGAAAACAGGAACAUUGGCUACUGGGAGUGUUCCCUCAGAAAUCAUAGAAAAAGAAUGAAAAAAGUUACUUGAAAUCCUCCAACAAGAUCUUGAUUGUACCUUAGAUACAUUAACCUCUCGGAGGCUAAUUUCUGAGGAAGAGUAUGAGAUUCUGGAGAAUAUUACAGAUCCCAUGAAGAAAAGUUGGAAGCUGUUAAUUUUGGUACAGAAAAAGGGAGAAGUGAGCGGUCAGCUUUUUCUCAACUGUUUACUUAGUACUUUUUCAGAGUCAGCUACCAUUUGGGACUUAAAUCACUUAAGUCAUGAACUUUUAAAACAUGAGUAUAUAGAGCCACCGCAACCUGUGGGGGUAAGCAGGGAAGGUAUUUUUUUACCUGGAGAGAAAGAGCCUGAGAAUCCUGAGAUCACCUUGUCCUUGAAAGAGAAAAACUUGGAUUUGGAAACCUCUGAGUCUUUCAUGGACAAGAAGGCUGGUUAUCGGGAAACUGCUUGGUCCCCAAGGGAAAACGAGAAGGAAUACAACACACCAAAAUUCACAUCUCUGCAAUUGGUUGAGAAUGUUGACUAUGAAUUUCCAGCAACUAUUGAGUAUUUACAAGAUGAACAGAGAUAUGAGGAGCCAGAUGAUUCUUUACACUUAGGAAAAGAGGAAUAUCUAGAAUCUGUUGGGUACUCUGAAGAUGCAGACACCCCCGUGGAAGAGGAUACUUAUGAUGACCCAGAGUGCAUUAUCUAUGUCAGCAAAGAGGACUCUUUGUAUUCUGAAACCAUGGAGAUCUCUGAUGAAGAACCGAAUUAUGAGGAUUCAGAAACUGGCAUGUCACUGGAGGAGGAAGAGGAGAAAAGUAUGGAAGAGAGAAAAAAAGUGUUUGAAGAUGUCCUGUCCUGUUUAAACCCAGAUACAAGCAGAAAGGUUCUUCCAGCUUUUGUUAAACAAUUCUUCUUAGACCAAGGCUGUAGGUGGGUGACCGAGACUCCAGGUGACUUAGCCUGGGACUUCCUGAUGAAAGUUCAAGCACUGGAUAUGACAGUCAGAGAUUCAAUCCUCAGACACAAGGUUCUGGGUGAAGAUAGCAAAGGGGAAUUUUUGACUGGAGUAGAGAAUGUGGAAAUUAGAGAAACAAAACCCAUUAAUCCCCUUGAUGUCCUUUGUGCCUCUAUUCUGUAUUCAGAUAGCUCUUUGCAACAUGAAGUCAUGUCAAACACGUGUCAGUGCAGUUUGCCCUUCCCGCUACUGCCAGAUGCAGAAAAGAACAAAAGCAUUUUAAUGCUGGGGGCCACUAAGGUCAUUAUGAAGGAGCAGUCAACGCAGUCUUCAGGAAGACCUACAGGGGAUAGAAAAUUGCUGACUCUCAUGAAGAUGCCUGUCAUCUCUUUUGUGCGUCUGGGAUACUGUAGCUCCUCCGAGUCCAGAAUCCCCAACACAUUGCUCAGCCCUGCCCACCUGAAAUCACACAGAAUCUUUCUCCAUCAGGAUUUGCUUGUUCUGGUGCUUCCCCAGCAGAUCUCUGAUGGCCUGGUGGAGGUAACAUGGAGUUUUCCUGAUAGUGAUGGUCUAAAGGAAAACCCCAGUUUUUUCCAGAAAGCUGUUGCUGUGGCCAACCUUCGUGGGGGUCUAGAAAGUUUUUGGGCACAGUUUGGUUUCUUGAUGGAAGUUUCCUCAGCUGUGUUUUUUUUUUCAGACUGCCUAGGUGAGAAGGAAUGGGACUUGCUAAUGUUUUUAGGAGAAGCUGCCACUGAAAGAUGCCACUCUUCCUCAGUCCGCAGGCCAGGGGGAAAUGAGGAGGCUCAGAUUUCCCAGAGGAUCCUGAAGUUGAAGCCAUCACAGCUGCUGUUUUGGGAGAAGGAGGAAGCUGGAGAGAGAGGGAGGAACAUGGAGGAUCUUCAUGCUGCCCUGAAAGAAGUGACGUCCUCUUCACUCAGAUGUGUGUCUGUGGAGGACACUGCACCCCUGGCCAGGGAGUUGGGGAUACAGAUAGACCACGACUUUGAGAACAUGCAGGGGAUUCAAGUUUCCCCUACUGAAAACUUGGCUGGAACAGCUGAAGAUGAGGGACCACAAAGACACAGUCAGGGGCUUCCCUGUCAGCCAAAAAACUCAUCUGAAAGCCCCACUUAGAUGUCAGUAAGAGAGGCUGAGGCUAGAUGUGAGAUCAGCCAAAAUCUUCAGAAUUUCCAUCUCACCCCAGUAUUUAUGCCUCUUCUGAAAAACUGCCGUCCAUUACCAACCAGAAUUGGAGGUACUUUUAACCUUGUUUCUUUCACAGCCCCCUGGGUUAUGGUCUCCCAGUUUUGGUUAGAGCAGAGGUCUCAGAAUGUCCAUCCUUCACCCUUUCAGAAUACAAGGUCCCAUAGUCCAGGUAGUUUUGGGAUUGAGUACAUCCAGCCUCAGAGAUUGUAUUCAGCUGAGAGAUUUAUGAACUUUUCAAGAACUGCUCAGGGACGUCACAUGGAUAAAACUUUUGGGAGACCACCAAGACCCAUUUCUCAGCAUGUACAGGCCUGGUCUGAGAGACCACAGAAAAUGGGAGCCCUUGAAAGGUCUGGGGAAGUGGACUCCCAGGGAGGUCACCUCCAUUCCCUGGGUUCACAGCCAGCAAGAGCGUUUGGGAAGUCACAGCCUAGGCAUGUCUGUGCCUGGGGAACACGGCCAAAUGAGGCAAUUAGAAAAUUCAUGAGAACAACAUCCCAUAUUGAAAAUCCUCACCAUCAAGCAUUUCAAGCAGCAGGAGCCAUACAAAAACCCAUAAGGACUGCCUCUCAGCAAGGAGCUAAGCUGAAGACACAAGGUGGGCCUUCAAAUCCAUCUUUCCAAGUGGGAUUCAAUCCUACGUCCAACAGCAAAUUUUUGCUCAGCUCUCAGUUCAAAUCCAGUCAGCCCAAGUCAUCCCAGGCCAAGCAGUCCCAGCACAAACCCUCUCAACCUGUGUGCUCUUCAUCCAAACCCACUCAACCCAAGCCAUGUCAACCCUGGUCCUCCCAAUCUAAGCCUUCUCAGCCCCAAACCUCCCAAGCUAAACCUUCUCCAUCCAAACCCACUCAGCCCAAGCCAUGCCAGCCCCAAUCCUCCUAAUCUAAGCCUUCCCAGCCCAGACCCACUCAACCCAAGUCAUUUCUGACUGGUCCUUCUCAGGCUAAGGCAUAUGACCCAAGAGCAGGGCCCAAGAGGGUAGGGAAGCAAUAAAGUCCUUACUCUGGAGACCUAUGAAAUGUAUCCUUUGCCCAGGCCUUUCCUAGCCUAUAUAUAGUAACCUGAAGAAGAGUGGCAGUGAUGGUAAAAGAGUACUAUCAUUAGCAUGACACAGAUAGCAAGAUAUGCACAGCCUAAUUGGAUAUCAUAAAAAUAUCUAUAAGAAUUGUGUCCCUAAAAAAAAGGAAAAAUAUGAAAAGAGUAAAGAAUAGAAUCAAGCAGUAAAUAAACGAAUUGAAUACAACCUUGAGUAUUAGGUAAUAUAUAACCUGAGUCCAGGGAAUGGGGGCUGUAAGACAGUUUCACUUGGAGAAGAGUGGGGAUGAUGCCCUUAAUUGCAAAGUGACCAUAAAAUAGGACGCAAGUUGUGUCAGUGUUGCAAGAAAAGCUGCCCUAGAUGUUGGCUGCUCUAGAGGUGUUUUGGUCAAAAAUUUUUGGUUUGAUAUCAGCCGCUAAGCAGGUAACCUUGUUUGUUUGGAAUGUUUAAAUCAACUUGCUUGUGAUAAUAGCCCCAAAUUGCUUGGAUGAUAAAACUCAAUUGACCCUUACAUAUAGAAAUAAUGCACUAACAACCAAUGAAAUUAAUUAUUUUGCCUUAACUUUGGGAAUGAUCUGUGUAUGUUUCAUAUUUUAAAUGUUUGUAGGGGUUAAGGUAAUUUGGCUAAUUAGAGGAUCUGAUAUAUUAGCCUCAUGACUCUAACUUAAAAUGUAUAAUUGAAUUUUUAAUUUUAGAGUUCUGAUUUUUUAAAGUUGAAAAUAAUAAGAUAGGUUUACAAAGUUUGUAAAAAGCAGUGAAAUGUUUAAGAGAACUUAAGAUUCACAUAAUUUUCAACUUUAAUUUAUUAGAUACAUAUUGUUCUAAACAUUUGGUUAAGUUCUGCUAGUUAGAAGCAGUAAGUAGAAGGAAUAUUAAAUUUAAAAUAUUUAAGUGAGGUUUAAUUAACUAAGUUUGUGAGUGACACCAAAUAUUAAUGAGACCACUUUAUUUACUUUUAGCAAAUAAGUUUAACUUUAAUUUGACUUUUGUGUGUUUAUUCCAAGUAUUAUAAUUAUAACAGAAACCAAAUAGCUUUCAAGUUUCUUCAAUUGAAAAAUAAAUUUUGUGGGGUUUUAGCAGAUUGCUUGAGCUUCUCAUUAGAAUGAAACGUUUAUCUAAAAUCUCUGUUACAAGGGUCUCCAAAGACUUCAUGGAUAUUAUCUUAAUUUUAUUCUUGUAACAUCUAAAAGGCUACUUUAAAGGAAGAUGUUAAAAUUCACUAGAUUUAGAAAUAAAAUAAUAGGAUUUGUAAGUUGAAUAAGGAGCCCUGCUUUCUGAAUCUGUAACUUUUAUAAAAUUAACAUUAGUUUUAAGUACUAAAAUAGCCCCACGUCUUUUCUGGGUAAAAAAAAAAAUCAAAAAUUGUCUUCAAAGACACAAAAAAAUCCUAUGAACAAAAAGAUGAGAAAUGAUCUUUGAAAAGGAAUAAUUAAUCUCUUAAAAAUGUUUAAUUAAACAUUUUCAUAUGACAAUAGGUAUCCUUCAUUUGUGCAUGUAUUAAACAAUCAAUAUUGAGUAUUUAGAAGGUGUUCAAUCUCUUUCAACG